GUUUCAGUACGUGCUCCAACAAAACUUUUUGCCUUCCUCACCCCACUGGCAAUAGAAAUAUGGCUUUACAUGGCAGGCGGGUACAUUUUGGUAUCUAUAACAAUUUGGAUAGCAGCACGAUUUUCGAUCAGAGAGUGGAAAGAAAUAGAGCCUUGUGAGGAAUGCCUUCCAAAUAAAUGUACCGAGUUAUAUGGAAACGAAUGGAAACAUAUCUCAGACGAUGAAACCUCAGAGAUACAUAGCGAAACGGAAGAAAAUGAUUCAAAAGAAAAACAGAUCGUAUUGGCGCAUGAUACUUGUGAUGAAUAUGAAGAAGAAUAUAGUUUAGAAUGCAACAAAAAUUUCGUUGAAUUCGAAAAUGGAUUCACUAUAGGUAACGCAUUCUGGUUUGCUAUUGGAUCUCUUAUGCAGCAAGGAUCAGAUCUCAAUCCGAAGGCUACUUCAACUCGGAUCGUCGGAGGCAUUUGGUGGUUUUUCACUCUGAUAAUAAUUUCGUCAUAUACAGCGAAUUUGGCCGCCUUCCUAACGGUCGAAAGGAUGAUUACUCCCAUCGAAAGUGCCCAGGAUCUUGCUGAACAAACCGAAAUAGGAUAUGGAACACUUGAAGGAGGCAGCACUAUGACCUUUUUUAGGGAUUCAAAAAUUGGAAUUUAUCAAAAGAUGUGGAGAUUUAUGGAAAGCAAGAGACCACCCGUUUUUGUGAAGACCUAUGAAGAAGGUGUUCAGUUCAUCAUUUUGAUGGUAAUACUUUUUACAGGAGGGGUUUUUGUUGUCCUUCUCUGCGGUCUUGCUUUGGCAAUUAUUGUAGCCAUAUUGGAGUUUUGUUGGAAUAGCAGGAAGAACGCCCAGACAGAUCGACAAUCCCUCUGCUCAGAAAUGGCUGAGGAACUGCGGUUUGCAGUGAGAUGUCAUGGAUCACGUCAAAGACCUGCUUUGAGACGAGCUUGUACACGUUGUAGUCCGGCAACGACAUAUGUUCCGGCUGCUCUUGAUUUACCACACCUCAAUGGG